AUGAACAGAAUUAACAACAAAGAAGAUAUUACUUUGAUUUGGUUUGAUUCAAAGAUCGAUUCCAACUAUCAUGUAGAUCAAACAAAGAAACAACUAAGUCAAAUCAAUGAUUAUGUUGUAUUCCAUACCCAACUCGAAUCUUGCAUCAGUUUCAUUCAAUCGAUUUAUGAUGAGAAAAUCUUGUUUAUCUCUUCGGUUUCUGAUGCAUCACAUAUAUUACCUCAUAUUACAAGUCUACCUCAAAUCGAUAGCAUAUUUCUUUUCAACUGGGAAAAAGUCAAUCAUGAACAUUUAUUUGUUGAACAUUCAAAAGUGAUUGGUAUCUAUGAUGAAAUCGAUUUAUUGUGUUUAUCAAUUCAAGAACAAAUUGAUUUUCUCGACCAAAAUUUACAAACAUUCAGCUUCUUUGACCAGGAUGAACAUUUCAAGAAAGAUCUAUCAAAACAAACAGCUGAUCUUAUUUGGUUCCAACUUUAUCAUGAUGUUCUCUUUCAGUUAAUACAUGAUGAAAAAGCUAAACAAGAAAUGAUUGAUGCAAGUCGUUCGUAUUAUCGAGACAAUAUCAAAGAAUUGGAAGUGAUUGAGAAGUUUGAAAAUGAAUAUCGAUCAGAAGAAGCUCUUCGAUGGUAUUUAAAAAAAUCGUUCCUCUACAAAAUAAUCAAAAAAGCAUUGAGAACAAAAGAUUUUGAUCAACUCUUCACAUUUCGAUAUUUUAUGAGAGAUCUGACAGAAUGUCUCAUUCGAGAACAUCAAAAAUUUGUCCAAUCUGGUACCAAAUUACUAUUCAUGUAUCGAGGAAUGAAAUUGACAAGUGAUCAAAUCGAUCAAUUCAAAGAGAACAAAAGUAAACUUGUUUCAAUUAAUGGAUUUUUGACAACAACUACUCUUCGUUUAACUGCAUUAAACCAAGCGAUGAAACCUUCAAAAAGAACUGAUCUUAUGCCUGUUCUCCUAGAAAUCCAAUGUAAUUUAGAACAGGUGAGCAACAAUGUCAUUGUUGCUGAUUGCAUUCAUUGCAAUGAACUUCUAAAUGAGGAACAACAAGAAAUUAUCUUCGAUUUAAAUGUUGCUUUUCGACUGGAGAGUAUGAGAAUGGAAGAAGACAUGUGGAUGAUUAAAAUGAGUGCAUCGAAUGCAGGUCAACUUAUCAAAGAAAAAUAUAUCAAAGAUUCACAUCGUCAAAUGGAAGAUAUAAGUAUUAGAAUUCUCUUUGGACGAUUGAUGUGUGAUAUGGGUCAAUGGGAUCAAUCACAACAUUUCUUUGAACAUUUAUUGAACAACUCAAAUAGCUACAAUGAAGAUCUCGUAAAGCUUGAAUGUAGUCUUGGUGAAGUUCUACAAUGGAAAGGAGAAUGGAAUGAAGCAAGAAGAUAUUAUGAUCGUGCUUAUGAUCGGAUAACAAAUGUAAAAUCAACACGAAUCAAGGAUUCAGCUGAUAUACUCUUCAAUAUUGGUGAGAUUCUCUAUCGAGAAGGAAAGUAUGAAGAAGCUCGUGAUUAUUAUGAACGAGCAUUUGUAAUAAGAAAGGAAUAUUAUUCCUUCUCCGAGGUCGAUAAAUUUCGUUCAUCGAACCGCAAAAGCAGCAAUGUAUUGAGUCGUAUUCGCGCGUCAUUUCGGUCGAUUUUAUCGACCUCUCGUUGGUUUCGUUCGAAAUAUGCGGUAAAUAAAAUUGAGUCUAUUGACGAGCAGUCGAGUAAAACUCAGUUACAAGAAAUGUGUCGAUAUGUACAGGAAACUGGUUGGUUACAACUGAGUGAGACUCACUUGAAUGGUUGUGUGCCUAUUGCUAUGAGUCUCCGUAGUUUUGGAGAAAUUCUCUUUCAACAAGCGAAGUAUGAUGAAGCACUUAUAUUUCAUCAACAAGCACUGAAAAUAUUCGAAGAAUAUUAUCGAUAUCCUCAUCUUGAUAUUGCUGUUAGUCUUGGCUACAUUGGUCACGUUCUUACAUAUCAAGGAGAGUAUAAUAAAGCUCACGAUUUCUGUCAACGAGCUAUGUCUAUCUAUACAAGAUAUUAUCCAAAUGGUCAUGUAUACAUUGCCUAUAUCCUCAACUAUAUUGGUUACAUUCUUUAUCUUGAAGACAAGCAUGAUGAAGCUCAGAAGAUUUAUGAACGAGCAUUGGCAAUACAACAAAAGCAUUAUCCAUCUGGUCAUGUCGACAUGGCUGAUAAUCUUUGUGGAAUAGGUAAUGUUCACUAUGGACAAGGACUUUAUGAUCAAGCCCUGACAUUUUAUGUGAAUGUGUUGGAAAUUCUACAGAAAUAUUAUUUUCCUGGCCAUGAUGCUAUUAUUUGUACUUUAAACAACAUUGGCUUUAUAAAAAGAGAACAAGGAAAGUAUGAUGAAUCUGGUGAUUUUCAUCGACAAGCAUUAGCACUUCAAGAAAAAUAUUAUCCAUCUUAUUAUGGAAACAUUGCUAACACUCUCAAUCAUAUCUUCGAAGUACUGUUUGCUCAAUCAAAAUAUGAUGAAGCUCUAUGCUAUUGCCAACGAGCGCUAGCGCUGCAACAGAAAUAUUAUCCUUUGGGAAGCGCCUCAAUGGCCUGGAGUUUCAACAACAUUAGCAACAUCUUAGAUAAGCAAGGAAAGUACAAUGAAGUAAUCGAUUUUCUUCGACAAGCACGAACAACUGUAGAAAAACAUCGCGCGUCCGAUCAUUCUUCUAUUGCUUUCUAUAUGAACAAUAUUGGCAUUAUAUUAAACAAGCAAGACAGGCAUGAUGAAGCUCUUGAUUACCAUCAAAGAGCACUUGAAAUGCAAGAAAAACAUUGUCCAUCUUAUCAGCGUGAGAUAGCCAAUACUCUCAAUUACAUCGGCCAUGUCUUCAGUGAGCAAAAAAAAUAUGAUGAAGCUUUGAAGUUUUAUGAACGUGCGCUCGAAAUGCAAGAGAAACAUUAUUCAAAUGGUCAUGGAAGUAUUACGACAACACUUAUUAAUAUUGGUACAACAUUUCGUCAAGAACAAAAAUUCGAUAAAGCAAUAGAAUAUCAUCAAAAAGCAUUAGAACUUCAGGAAAAAUUAUAUCCAUCAGGCAGUAUUAUCACAGCUGAUAUUAUCAAUCGUAUCGGUCAUGUUCUGUACGAUGAAAGAAAGUAUGAUGCAGCAAUUGAUUAUUAUCGACGAGCACUUUCAGUCCAAGAGAACUUUUAUUCUGACGAUCACAUUGAAGUUUCUCACACUUUCAGUUUUAUUGGUAGUACUCUUUAUAAACUAAAGAAGUAUGAUGAAGCCCUUGAAUUUCAUCAAAAAGCUUUGACCAUUCAAGAAAAAUAUCAUGAAUAUAGUCAUGCCGACAUCGCGAAGACCCUAAAUUUUAUUGGAAAUGUUCUUUAUAGCCAAGAGAAAUAUGAUGAAGCAAUUGAUUUCUAUCAACGAUCAUUAGCUAUUCGAGAGAAAUUUUAUCCAUGGUGUUAUGCUGACAUCGCUACCGUUCUUAGCAAUAUUGGGAAUGCUCUUUAUGAACAAAGAAAGUAUGAUGAAGCUCUCGACUUCUAUCAACGAGCACUAACAGUGCGACAGGAAUUCGAUGCAAAUAACCAUGAUGUCAUUGCUGAGAAUCUGAUAAACAUUGCCAAUAUUCUAAGAGAGCAAGGAAAAUACAAUGAAGCUAUUGAAUUCCAACAACGAGCAUUGAUCAUACGAGAACAACAUUAUACAUCUGAUCAUGUGAAUAUUGCUUACAGUUUGAGCAACAUCGCUAAUAUUGUGAGCAUGCAACGAAAAUAUGAUGAAGCUCUCGACUUCUAUCAACAAGCACUGAGAAUUCACGAAAAAUGUUGCCCAUCGAAUCCUGUUGAUAUUGUUAAUACUCUCAUUGAUAUUGCUGAUAUCUUGAGUAAACAAGGAAAACAUGAAGAAGCUAUCGAGUUUCAGCAGAGAGCAUUGAUAAUUCGAGAAGAAAAGUAUUCCUCUUGUCAUGAGAAAAUUGCGGACAGCUUGAAUCGCAUCGGUCACAUUCGAUUGAAUCAAAAAGAAUACAAUCUAGCAAUUGACUAUUUUCAACGAGCUUUAACGAUGCUCGAAAAAUGGUAUCCAUCUGAUCAUGUUGAUAUUGCUGAAACUCUGCGAAACAUCGGUAGCACCCUAUAUUUACAACAAAGGCAUGAUGAAGCCUUAGAUUUUCAUCAACGAGCUAUGACAAUCUAUGAGAAAUAUUAUCCACGCAGCCGUGAAAAUUUUGCUACUUGUCUCGGUACUAUUGGUAAUAUAUUGAGUGGUCAAGGAAAAUAUGAUGAAGCUCUUGGUUUCUAUCAUCGAGCACUAACAUUAUACAACAAGCAUGCAUCGAAUCAUUCGAAUACUAGUACUUGUUUGAAUAACAUAGCUCAAACUUUAAAAAACCAAAGAAAAUAUGAUGAAGCUUUCGACUUUCAACAACAAGCAUUGGCACUUCUCAGAAGUAACUCAUGUAAUGAUCAAUUGAGAAUUGCUACAAGUCUCAAGGACAUUGGUAAUACUUUGUUCCAGCAAAGAAAAUAUGAUGAAUCUCUUGAAUUUUAUGAACAAGCAUUGAUCAUAUUCGAAGAAUAUUAUCCUAAUGAUCAUAUUGAAAUUGUUGAUUGCCUACACUGGGUCGCAGCUAACCUCUAUAAAAAGUCUCAGUUCGAUCUGGCUAUUGAAUAUUUGGAAAGAUGCUUACUGGUUAAAGAAGCCAGUCUACAUCCAAAAGAUCUCUCCAUUGCUACCAUUCUUGAGUGUUUGUCACAAGUUCAAAGUUGGAGAAGUGAACAUGAACUCUCUCUUAUAUAUGAACAGAAUCGUUUCUUUAUGCGUCUCAAAGUUCUACCAGCAGAUCAUGAGGACAUUGGUCUUAGUUUAUCAAACAUAGGAGAGAUUUACGAAAAGCUUGAUAAACCUACAUUGGCUCUUGAUCAUUAUCAACAAGCAUUGACUAUCUACAAGAAAUGUUUACCUCAUUGGCAUAGUAAUAUAUCGAAGAUGAAAGGAAAGAUUGACCGACUUUCGGAAGAACUUGAAAUAGAACUCGAUUUACAACAUUGA